AUGCCUGUUGUUUCUGUACGUAUUAAGGCAGAAAGUGUAAAAGUAGACUGGAUUGGUGUUCCUAUACCGAAAGAUAUUACAGUAAGACAAUUUUAUGAGGAUCUUAUUGCAGGAAAAAUUGUUUCCGAAGUGCGGUUAGAUAAUGAAGACCAUCUGCAGCCAAUUAAAGCUGAAUUUUCAUCCAAUAAAACUGGUCCUUUUAAUGUUGUUAGUAUGGAAUGUAAUAUGAUUGAGGCAAUUGAAGCUUGGGGAAACAGACUUAAAUAA